AUGAGUGGCAUAUUGGUGGUGGUGGUACAUAUGGUACCGCCCAAGCAGAUCUUAAUGCUCAUCCACAAAGGUCAAGACUUUCCAUCCGAAAUCGAAGAAAGACUGUUAAAUUAUUCUCCAUCUCUCUUUACUUUUAUCAACGAUCCUAAUCAUCCUUUAACGACUCGAGCUUUAAACAUUUACUCAAAUACGCAACGUGAUUUUAAAUAUUUGACUCCCAAGCGUCAAAUUAAACUUAUUGAUAUUGCUAGUCAUACACCUAAAUUUGUUCAUUUGAUUUGUUCACCUAGUCGGAUGAAUGAAACGAUUGAAGACCUUCAAAAUCUUCGUACUGGAUCAGGUCAGAUCAGCUCUCACCUUGAUCAACAUCAAAUCACGAAUUGGUCUCCAUUGUUUGUCUAUGAACCUAUUCCAGAUUCAUGUCUACCGGAAAACCUUGAAAAAUUAAUCAGUUUAUCAAAACAUAUUGAAGUCUUCAGCCCAAACGAAUUAGAAGCUAGAUCUUUCAUUGGACUUAUUACUCCGUCUGAUGAGGUUCCAGAAGAGAUAGAGGAUAUUGCACGAGUUUUUCAAAACCAUGGAUUCAAAAAUGUUGUUAUCCGUUGUGGUAAAAUGGGCGCCUUUGUACUUACACAUCAAGAAUCAAACAAGGGAACUUGGGUUCCUGCAAUGAUUGAAGAUCAAUCAAAAGUCAUCGAUCAAACUGGUGGUGGAAACGCAUUUCUAGGUGGUUUAAUGGCCGGUUUGGCAAAGGGGCUUGGACUAGUAGAAGCUUCUUAUUGCGGCGCUGUGUCUGCAGGACUUACUAUUUCUCAGUUAGGUCUACCUGAUAUGACUGUUGAUGAUGACGGGCUUGAAUUAUGGGGAAACUUGAAGCAGGUACCAGAAGAGUUGAAGAUUAAACUCAUGGCUCGCUGA